AUGGCUUUUGAACCAUCUCUUUCAACGAGUGGCAUGCGCCCUCCACUUGCCUCGGCUGAUGCGCCAUCAAUGGCGGACUCGUUGCCCAGCAUCAACUUUGGGUUCGAGGACCUGCGCAAUCGCAUGGCCCAAUUUACAAUCAAAUUCGAUGCAUUCAUUGAGAGAGGCCGAAAGCAAGUCCUGGAAGAGCGUAAUCAGUUCCAUAUCAAUCUGGCUGAGCUUGAAGAGGACAAGCGGAUGCGACAGCGCGACAUCGAAAUUCUCACAUUGAAAUCACAAACACACGAGCAGACCCUCCAGAAAGAAGCGGCCGAGGCUGCUGAAAUGCAUGCCGCCAUCUCCUCUAUCACACUGGAACGUGAUUCCCGCCUCACCAAGCGUGACCGUUUGAAGCAGCAGAUCGCAGAGACCCAGAAAUCCAUCAACGUGAAGCUCGAGGCGCAAAAGGCACACGCAAAACAACUAGAUGCUCAAUCACGUCUCAACUUCCCGGAGCUAGAUUUCUGGCAGGACUAUUUGUGUAUACGGAUUGAGGGUGCGGGCCGCGAAGACCGACUCAAAUUUGUUUACAGCCAUUUGUUGGAGAAAGAUUGGGAAGCAGAAGCUUGGUUUGAGUUGGGCACUGCCAGUCGGGACUACGAGGUGUUCCAUACACGUCCCAAAGUUGACCGAGAUGCUUUGGAGGGCGUGGUUGAUCUUGUUAAUGAUGAUCGAGAUUUUGGAGCAUUCUUGAAGCGAAUGCGCAAGUUGUUCGUUGAAGCUAUGGACUAA